AGAGGAAGCGGGGCCGCGCUGGGGCCGCCUGGCCGCCUCCUCUCGCCAUGCCGAGCCCCCGCAGCAGCCGAGAGCGACGCACCGGCCGGCUGGAGUUCCUGUCCCUCGUCAGCCAGCGCAGCCCCGGCCCCCCGGACAGCCCCUCCCGCCGCAGGGAGUCGAGCAGCUCCGCGGCGGCGGCCCCGCUGCCCGAGGAGGACUGCAUGAAGCUGAACCCCUCCUUCCUGGGCAUCGCCCUCAGCUCCCUGCUCGCCAUCGACCUCUGGGCCUCCAAGCGCCUGGGUGUCUGCGCCGGGGAGGGCUCGGCCUGGGGCAGCGCGCGGCCCCUCAUGAAGGUCAUCGAGGUUUCGGGGCACGGUAUCCCCUGGCUGCUCGGCACCUUCUACGGGCUCUGCCAGAGCGACAGCUCAGCGGCCAGGGAGGUGCUGCUCAACCUGCUCUUCGCGUUGGUGCUGGAUCUCGUGCUGGUGGCGGUGGUGAAAGGGAUCGUCAAGCGGCGGCGGCCCACCCACAACAAGAUGGACAUGUUCGUCACCAUCUCAGUGGACAAGUACUCCUUUCCAUCGGGCCAUGCCACCAGAGCUGCCCUGGUCUGCCGCUUCGUUCUGCACCACCUGGUGCUCGCCGUCCCGCUGCGGGUCCUCGUGGUGCUCUGGGCUCUCAUCGUCGGUGUUUCAAGGGUGAUGCUGGGCAGGCACAACGUGACAGACGUGCUCUUCGGUUUGCUGCUGGGCUACGCGCUGUACAGCGUGGUGGAGUACUGCUGGCUGUCCCCGCUCAGCGCCCCUGCCCUCUUUGCACUCUGGAGCCAUUGAUGGCUGGGUCCCUCCUAAAGGAGGAGGCAUGCGCCCGGUUUGCUAAGGGAGGGGAUACUGGGACUUGGACUCACAUCCUAGACCCCACCUAUCCAGCCAAGAUUUCAACACUAGCGGUGCUGCAGGCUCCUGGGCCCACUCUUAAGACGUUUGGUGCUGUCUCACCCUCGUGGUGGGCUGUCAAGGAGGGUGUGCACUGGCCAAGCAGCUGCACUGACUGUUCUCCCAUGAAAAACCAGUCCCUGCAGAGCCCGGGGAGGGCUCGGCACAUUCAUCCGUCAGCUCACUGCUGAUACUGUGAAUCGGUGUGCCCUCGCUGGCCACCUGCUGCGUUAGUCCAUGGUGUAUGUGGUAGCUGUGGCUUUGCAGAAGUUCGUCUGUGUGCUGUAAAUACAUUGACCACAUUGCUGUUGUGAGCAUGCCCUGCACAGCCUGCUCCAUAGUGUCUGUCUGGAGGGGACUCAUUGGUGUCCGUCCUUGGGUUUAUAAAGAGUUCUGCCUUCCUAA